AUGACUCGUGCUGUGUUGUCACUGUGCGUCCUGGGCUUCUUCACGCUCUCCUCUGCCUGCUACAUCCAGAACUGUCCACGAGGAGGGAAGCGCGCCCUGCCCGACGCCCAAACCAGACAGUGCAUGGCAUGUGGCCCCGGGGACAGGGGCCGCUGCUUUGGCCCCAGUAUCUGCUGUGGGGAGGAACUGGGCUGCUUAUUGGGCUCUGCAGAGAGCUCCCACUGUGCGGAGGAGAACUACCUGCUCACCCCCUGCCAGGCAGGAGGGAGACCCUGUGGAUCUGAGGGAGGACACUGUGCUGCCUCAGGGCUCUGCUGUCACUCAGAGGCCUGUGCUGUAGACUCUGACUGUCUGGAAGAGAACCUGGUCUCAGAAAGUCAGAAAGUCUCCGGGACGUCCCCUGCAGAGUUGCUGUUGCGCUUACUGCAUGUGGCCAGCAGGGGACAGACUGAGUACUGA